UUUUUACCGUAGAGGGCCUACCAGACACGUCUUGAAAAAUAAUCCAAAAUGGACGCGCCCAUGGAGAUAAAAGUUCCCUUGAACGAAACCAAAGUGAUGGUUCCUCCACCGCCGAAGCCGACGCUGGAUCUGUCCAAGUUACCAGAACAAGAAAGAAUACGGAUUCAGCACCAGAGGAUGCACGAGAAGCACAAAGGUCAUGAGGCAAUGCACGCAGAGAUGAUCCUCAUCUUGAUAGCGACUCUAUUUGUAGCUCAGAUCUUACUCGUCCAGUGGAAGCAGAGACAUUUCAAAUCGUACCAGAUGGCAACAAUGUUUGGUAUGUGGGUCAUACCAGUCUAUUUCUGCUUGACGAUGCAUUGGACUCGAUUCUUGAUCAUCUGGGCACUGUUCUCUUUUUUCACCAGUAUUAUUGUUUAUAAGGCAACUAGGAAACCAUUGCCUGGUACUACUCCAAGAUUAGUAUACCGAUGGUUCUACACGAUAUACAAGAUCAGUUACGGCCUCGGAAUCAUAGGGUACACCAUCAUAAUGUUCACGUUCCUGGGCUUAAACCUCAUCCUCAUGAUCAAGCCAGAGAUAGCGAUGGACUAUGGCAUGGUGUUCCUAUUCUACGGCCUGUACUACGGCGUGCUAGGCAGGGACUUUGCCGAGAUCUGCUCAGAGUCGAUGGCUUCAAAAAUUGGUUAUUACACAAAGACCGGUUUACCAGGGAGAGCAUUAGAGCCUUAUAUAUGUGCAGUAUGUGGUCUUACUAUGAGAAUACCGGAUGAAGACGAAGAAGGAUCAGAAAGGAUAUAUCAGCUCUCGUGUGAUCACAGGUUUCAUGAAUUUUGCAUACGUGGAUGGUGCAUUGUCGGCAAGAAACAGACCUGUCCCUAUUGCAAGGAGAAGGUGGACUUAAAAAGAAUGUUUAAAAACCCAUGGGAGCGCCCCCACAUGUUGUUCGGACAGCUGCUAGACUGGAUCAGGUAUCUGGUUGCCUGGCAACCCAUUAUAUUCCUUCUGGUGCAAGGAUCAUACUAUAUAUUAGGCCUUGAGUAAUGGAGCAACCAAUGUGUGCAACGAUGUGAUGAAAUACUCUACGAAAUGCUGUCACGAAUGGACAAACAUUUGUCCGACUUUCUUACAGGCGUAUGUGCAAGUGUCGGGCUUCAACCGCUUGUAUAUCUCAGCUACUUCAAAGUGAUGCACCGCGAAAGGAACCGACAAAUUCAAGUAUAGGAUUAAGUGUAUCAGAGACAUGUGGCAAUGGGGACUGCACCUGUUUCCACCUCCCAGCGAUAUAAGAUGGCAGUUAUAUUCACCUAAAUUGAGUCUCAUUUUUCAAUUAGUAUUUGAAAAACCUCAGGCACAGACGUCAAGUUUUUCUUUUGGAAUAUAUUACACGGAUAGUGAUGAUAUCUGUGUUGUUCAUGUAGGGUAGUUUGUGAGAAUUAAAGGUGUACAGGCAAUUUUCUUUUCUCAAUUUGUAAUACUCCAGGCAGUUUCUCUUUUGUAUGGUGAUGCUAAAAUGUAAAUUAUUCUCAAAUAUCCUGCAAAAGCAUGUUCAUUGAAGGAUCAGAAUGUGUGCUGGAGUUGAACAAGAUGGUUUAAA